GCUUCUUCUUCUUCACUUCAUCAUCUUCACCCACCACCCCUAUCAGACACUCCCGAAACUACCCCCAUCCGUCUCAUCUGCUUCGGCGCCAAUACAUUAUCGAAAUGGCCACUCUCGUGAAGAACAUCAAGGCUCUGACGCCCCUCCUCGACCGCGUCCUCGUGCAGCGCGUCAAGGCCGAGACGAAGACUGCUGGGGGCAUCUUCCUCCCCGAAACAGCUGUGAAGGAGCUCAACGAGGCCAAGGUGUUGGCUGUAGGACCGGGUGCCUUCGACAAGGACGGCAAGAGGUUACCAAUGGGCGUGAAGUCUGGGGACAGGGUGUUGAUUCCACAGUUCGGUGGCAGCCCCAUCAAGGUUGGAGAGGAUGAGUACUCAAUCUUCCGAGACCACGACAUUCUUGCCAAGAUCAACGAAUAGACGGCCUUCGAUACCCCCCAAAAUAAAUUUGUACAAAUAGCAUUCUCGGCGCAUGUUGUACAACGUGCUGCAGCGAUGGCCAUCUGCUGCUGUAUUCGAGGCGCUUCGCCACUGUAUCAUCAUUUGUGUAGUUGAAAUAUGUGUGAAUACAUCUCUACUCUUCACCCUAAGCUGCUGACUUUCUCAGACUUGCUGGCAUCCCGAC